UGCUGCUGCUCAGGUCCUGGAAGUCUCUCCUCCCCCCAUCGCCUACUUUUGAUGGGGAGGUGGUGCAUGCAGCGGUGAAGUCACAGUGAUGUCAUUUUAGGAUGUGAGAGUCGGGGGCAAGGUGAUCUGGUUUUGCGGUGAGUGGUGUGUGUCCCCCCCCCCCCCCCUUACCCACCAACACCACCACCCCCCUCCACGGCCAGCGUUGCCUGCACAGAGGCGCGGAGCAGCGAAACAUGGUCAUCGCCACCGGCACCAAUCCAAGCUCCGACGCCCUCUGUCCCUCUCCUCCUGCUCAGAUCUCAGACUAUGGGGCCUCGAUCUGCCUCUGCCUCGAUCCCAGAAUAAACCUCUACCGCCAACAUGCCAAAGGAGAGAAAAUACGAAGAGUUGCAUUUUUAGGGCAGGUAACUUUGACCACGCGCCCCAAAGGUGAACUGGAUGGCCACUGCGCAAAGGUGCCACUACAGCAUGCGCUGCGGGGCCGGGACGCACUGGACGCUGCCGGCGGUGAUUGUAAUGUGGACUUCUCUGUGGGGGAUCGUCUCAUCCUAUCCGAUUCCGAGCAGGACUAAUGCGACUUUGUUGGAAAAUAAGUGGGAGACCCUCUUUUCCCGCUCCUACCUGGGGAUAAACGGGGGGAAAUCGGAGCUUAACUGGGAGAGUGACUAUUUGCAGGGCAUCAAACGAGUGCGGCGACUGUACUGCAACGUGGGCAUUGGGUUUCACCUGCAGGUGCUCCCGGAUGGCAGGAUAAGCGGAGUGCACAGUGAGAACCCAUACAGUCUGAUCGAGGUCUCCACGGUGGACACGGGAGUGAUCAGCCUGUUCGGGGUGAGGAGUGAGCUGUUUGUCGCAAUGAACAGCAGGGGAAGGUUAUACGGAACGAGAGUCUUCAGGGACGAGUGCAAGUUCAAGGAGAUUUUUCUGCCGAAUAACUACAAUGCCUACGAGUCUUUUGUUUACAAGGGCUUCUACAUCGCCCUCAGCAAGCAUGGCCGCGCAAAGAGAGGCAACAAGGCGACCACCGCCAUGACUGUCACACAUUUCCUCCCGCGACUAUGAGAGAAACUGACAAUUACUCAGUAAUUUGCACAUAUGGAUGCUCUUCCAGGUAAUAUAGAAAUGCAUCGUCAUGAUGUACACACCUGUGGACUGCAAAAGAAAGCAAAACUAUUUAUUCUGUUAUAUAUAUAUAUAUGUAUACACACACACACACACUAUAUGUAUAUUUGGAUAGUUGUCUUUGUAUAUGUACUGUAUGCCAUACCGUGCUGCUUAUUGUUUUUAUGGACGGGGAGAGAGGAAUCCUUUGGCUGUCACAUUUUAUUUGUCUGUCUCAGUUUACCUCGGUGCUUGCUGUAACUGAACUACAUGUCGACUUAGUUCUCUGAGAUGGAGGUUGAGCUAUAUUCUGUGCUUUUAAAGAGUGAAAUGAAUACUUUUUAUUACCUCAAAGAGCUACAUCGCUAGACUUAGGGAUGCAUGGACUUCUGCUGAAAUACUUGCUAAGGUUAUUCUUUUGUUUAGACAUUUGAACACUUGAUACGUCCCUGCUUGAUUAUCGUUGUCUUGCAGGAGGGGAAAGGGGGAGGGAAUCUUAAAUGCACUACUUUUGCUGCACGAUUUAAAGGUGCCUUGAUGUUCCCACUUGUGACCCCCUCAAACUUGCAUGUAAGAGACACCCGGAGGAGUCAGAAAUAGGGCUGACACUCCUGAGGGGCCUCAGAAGAGGAGGGGGGGAGGGUGACUAUCUUUGGUUUAUUUUCUUUUCUGUAAUUAGAUCGAUUAAGUAAUAAACAAUCUGUGGUUGAGACCAGAGAGGGGUCAGCCAUAGAGAGACUGGCACAAGGCCACGAGUCUGACUGUGCCACAUAGCCAGCGAGAAAACAGGGUAGAACAUUUAUCUAUCCCAGCAUGGAGAAGCUUUUUUUGUUCGGACCCGGCUUGCUUCUGCACAAAGUCGCAACUGAGCGGUUGAUUCGAGCGCACAAUAGUUAAGAUGCUGCACACUGACUCAGAAAGAGCCACAACAGUAAAGUGGGUUGCUGAUAUUUUCGAAAUGCAAAGCUUUAGAGCCGCUCUCUGCUAAUACGACGAAACCAAUGGAAAACAACGUAAAUAGCUGCACUUAAAAGAAGAAUUCAGACGCUUUUUUUUGUGGAAUACGAAGAAUAAAAAAGAAACUAAAAGUAGGGGCUGCACUGUGAAUCAGUGAUGAUGUUUUGGUCUGUGCUCUCAAACAUGUCUGUUUAUCGGUUUAUAUUGGGGUCGGUGUGUGUCUUGGAGCAUGCCUGCGCCCCGGGCCUUCACCCCAGCCUGGCCGGGCCUCCUGCAGCAGCACUGCAGUGGCAGUGAGGUGUUGGGAGCUGAAGGCAAAUGGUUUUAAAUGCAAUUAUGGGUGAGUUAGUCAUUUAGCUCAAAGGACAAAAAGGUAGACUGAAUGCACAGGACAAGCCUACGUUUCUGUUGAGUUUUAGCUCGUCACUGUAAAACCUUUGCCAAACUAGAAACAGUGGCGGUCCUUUCAGAAAGCUGAAGGUGGAACUCAUUGUUAGUGUGUACAAAUAUCUCAUUACAUAUUCCAAAGAUGUAUUUUUUACUCUCUUCAUUCUUCAAAUUCCCAAGAGUCCUCCCGAGUGCAUCUGUCUGUGUAGUUUCUGCAGCUGUUAACUUAAAAAAAAAAAACCUGCAGCUCACUUCAGCAUCAGCCUCCGUGCGUUCCCGUGUGAGAGGCAGAACGACUAUUUAAAUCCAGGGAAAACGUGUGCGGUGGAGCCGGCAUGCUGUCUUUGUUGUUUGUCGAACCCCCCGCCGGAAUGUGGAUCUGCCAGGAUGACAGGCAGCUUUCCACAUACCUAAAGUCAAUCACCCUCUGUACCCACCUCCGCCUGCCCCGUAACCCCCCACCUUCACCCUCACAACUCACCCGCUGCAGGCAGGAACCUUGGGAUUCUAACUGCAACCCGGGAGCUUCCUCCUCUCAUUUCAGCCUUUUUUAGUUCAAGGUCAGAGUCAGUCACCAGCCCUUUGUGGCACAGGGUGGUCUGUUGUAAGAAACAGGAAUUUAAAGCAUCUUUUUUUUUUUUUUUUUUUUACUUAGAUUUGUACUUAAACAAAAUAUUAGUUUGCAUUUUUUUUAGUUUUUAAACAAGCCGACUUACCCACCUCUUUCAGCUGCAACAGCACGACAUGCCACCCACCCCCUAGUGCUGGUGACGGGAUACUUACGUAGGGAGGGGACAUCUGCAGAGCUGAUGCAGAGUGUGAGGAGCAGACUCAUGCUGCUGCUUGGCUCCUCGCUCUCCUCAGGAUUCAUCUCUGCUGCUUCCCUGAACCCAAACCACACAACCCAAGCAAUAUAUCAGCCGCUUCUCAACUCGUCGGCGACACACACAUCACUUAACAAUAGUAUUCUCUAACAUACAUGUAGAGCAAAGUAAAAAAAAAAAGAACAAUAAAACACGACCUGUUGCUCUCGUAGAUGUGGGUGCAUGUAGAACUGCUGACAUGACUUUUUUUAUUUCAGGAAGUUCAGCUGAGGCAGGUGUGGCAGUAACCUUUGCGUAUAUACAACUAUUAUAACUUUUCAAUCCGUCAAGAUAACCGACGUCUCUAGUUGCACCUUAAUAAGGACGCCUCGAUCGUAAACUAGAGUCGAUGAAUUAACUGGAUGCCUAAAAGAGGUAGUUUGUGUCCUAAACAAAAUGUUCACCUUUCAGCUUUGACCAAAAAUAAUUAUUCACACUUAUCUGCCGUUUUAUUUUAUUUCAUUUCCACAGCUUAUAACAGGUCAAAUUUAAUUAAGUCAAGGUGAGGAAUAACUCUUAAUAUGUUGAAUGUAUAUUAGCAUCCUUUUUUUUUUUCCUCUUUGUUUUGUUUUUAGGAGCGAAUCUUCACACAAUUCCUCUCCUCUGUUCUCAUAUACCUCACCUUCUGCCUUAGUUUUGGUUUGCUGAUGACUGUAAAGUGAGAAAAAAAAGAAAAAACAAGCUUAAGUUAUUUGUUUCUGAAAACAGACAUGCCAAGUAAAAAUUUUCUUUUAUUUUUGUACGUAUGUGCUGUGCACAGCAGUCUAUUGUAUUCCUGAGAUACCAAUAAAAGUUUGUUUUGUUUUGUUUUUUUAA